GUGGAACUGCGUCUGAAUAUUUCAUUUCGUAGCUCUGUAAACUUUAGACAGAAGUUCAAAAGUAGUAGUUUUUGUUUUUUGUGACGUCAGAAAUAUAGCACCUACUUUACUACUUUUUUGCUUGUGCUCCCGUUUGUAAAUAUUUCUCGUAUCCUCUGUAUAGUGUUUACAUAGUGAUUAAUUAAAAUAAUUAGUUCGACGCAAACAAGAAUCCUAUAUUAUCGACAACAAGAUGGGAGAAAAUAAAUGUUAAUUACUGGAUCUAAUCGCCUAUGCAUGUCAAAUUAACGUCACUACCAUCAAUUUUCCUGUCACAUUUGAUGUGUUUGUGCUGUUCGGCGGCGAGUGAAAGUGAAACUAAAAAAUUACAAAAUAUAUAAAAUGUUAAAACAGAGUAAUGAAAAAAUGGAAUUAGCAAACAUAUGGAAACGGAUUGAACAAAUGGAGAACAAACUGGAUGGGCGCCGAGCAGACAAUCGAGAACUGCAUCAACAACUAACCGAUUUUUUCGCAGCAGGAUCUUCGAAUGUUGUUACCAAUUACGUAGACUUAAAAGAAAAAUUACAUACCACAUAUAGAGAAAUCAACACACUUGAAGCUAAACUAAUAGAUCUUGAUAUGAGGGUAACUGCCGAAAGAGAGGAAUUUCAAUUAAAAAAUGAUCAACAAUCCAAAGCACACGAAGAACCAGAAAUGAAACACUUAAAACUUAAAAGUGAGGAGAUUGAAAACAGAAAAAACGAACAUAAACGCAAUGUGGAACAUCUUAAUAACGAGUUGCAACUUGUUCAAGCCACUAUGGAUCUAGAGCAGGAUGAAAUGGAGACGCAGCUUCGACGUGAGCUAAUCGAUUUGAAGUCGAAAAUCUGGAGGCAACAAAAUAUAGCUAAGGAAGUGCAAAUUAAGAUUGACGACUUGGAAAGACGACAACAGGCAGUAGUGAGACCUCAAAAUAUGUAUGCUGGAGCACAGGAAUUGCAAUUUUUCCAACUGAAUCAACUAGAAGAUGUUUUUGCCGCCGAUCUUGAUUCUUCAAAUGCCCAACAAAAAUCGACAAAGAAUGUAGAUAAUAAUGAAGGAAAUGUACAGGUACAUGGUAAGAAGCCAGAUUUGCCUUGCGCCGAAGCCCAGCUGAGUUUUGAAACCCUAAAAUGCAAUAAAAAUUCAGCGAAGUUUAAUCAGGCACAGGUGAACAAGUGGAAUAAUAAAAAUCUAAAAAUGCCUGCACACGAGGCAGAGAAUCAGCAAACAGGAUCUUGUUUAUCUGAAAGCGUCCUUAAAAGGGCAAGUCAAACGAUUAAUAAUGAAUAUAAAAUAUCCAGUUACUCGGAUGUUGGUACGGAAAUCGCAGCAAUUACUCAAGAAAGCCUGGAAAUCCACCGAGACAUUAACACACGGAAAAACACCAUGAAAGAACAUAUUAAAAGUAGUUGUACGAAUAUCAUUCGUUCAAGUAAACGAAUAGGAAGCAUCAAACCCUCCAGACCAAAAUGCAAAAAAGAUGAUAGCCAAAUAAUAAUACCGAAGUGGGAGAACAAAUCAAACAAAACGGCUACUGGUAACGUGUCUUCACUUCCUAAACGAACUUCUUUAAAAAGCCACUAUAAUCCUUUAUCUGCACAAAAACGGUCAAGUAAAUGCAGCAACGAGACGUUUGCCAAUAAUCCAACUAUGCAAACCAGCGAGCAGGACGUUCCAAAAAAACGCAAACUUUUCAACAUAAAUAAUUUGGAAUAUUUAGAGGAUUUGAUACCAGUGAAUGAAUGAAGAAUAAAAACCUUGUAAGUAGGAUUAUUUGUAAACAACCACUAGUUUCUCUUCACUAAAACAUGAACAUUUCCGAAUUACCAGAGUAAGAGUCCGCUGCAACUCAACUGAAUUCUUGACCUUAGUAUUUUCAGUCAAAUUUAAAAAUAAACGAUGAUAAAACAAUGACAUUGUAAGCAUUGAGUAGAGAAAAAGAUCAACUAAUUAGCCUUUGUGUGGAGUGAUUUCAAGAUUCCAGUACCAAAUAACAUUCAAAUUUGUUGCGAUUUUUUUGUAAUCGCUGGAGCUAUUUUUAUUAAGCUAUUUCACUUGAUAUUUCGACUUUUCAGAGCUGACUAAAAAUAUGAUAAAUUACGAAAACAUUCAAUGAUAAGUGAAAAAAUGUUCCUUGAAAAACGCACUAGAUUAUAGAUAAUGGAUUAAAUUGCCUGAGCUACUUGAAUUUUUUCAGAUUGGAAAAUAAUCGAAAUAAUGUUGCAUAAAGUAUCUAUGCAGGCACUGGAACCGUUAAUCUAAAAAUCCUUUGUCAUAAAAUAAAUGGAGAUUUGGGCUUCACCUACCUGCACCACGCCAAACGAAUUGAGUUUUGAAUAUUUCAUCGCAAUGACUACUUAAUCAGCUAAAAUGCAAGUGCUUUGUGUUUUGGCUUUGUUUAGCCGGUUCUUUGUAAAGAGAAUAAGGCAAUUUGAUUUUUAAUAAAUUUUAUCAAUACGACUUUAAAAAUUAGAUAAGUGCUUUUUAAUGUAAAGCUAUCAAUGUAUCGAUUAAUUAUGUUGUGGUAAAAGUACCUUUAAAAGAUGUAAUUAGCCGGUAGAAAUUUCACUUAACUAAUGGAUAAUUUGAUUUCUGAAAAUUAUAAAAUGUAUAUAAACCAUUGCUUUUUCAUAAGACUGUUUUGCAAUAAUUAAUUCUUUCAGAUUUCAACAGAAUUUGCGAAUUUAUUCUGUUUUACUUGUUUUUAUUAAUUACACCACUAGACAUUAAUAAGAACUUGAUUAUCCUCGAAGGAAUGUCGCUCAAGACAUAAUUUAUGAAAUAACUUCUCAACUGCACUAGACUGUUAGUUAACAUGACCUUCGCCUCAGGUCCAAGGUUUCGAAGCAACUAAAGUACGUUAUUUUAAGUGUCAAAUGAAAGUCCCAGACUAUUUAGUUUGUUUUCUAUUUUUAACAUUAUCGGCCAAAUGUAAUUAUUUAAAUGAUAGGAUACAAACCGAAUUAAUCGAAUAGCGUAUGGGUUUUCCUGAAUAAUGUACAUUUUUAUUAUCCAUGAAUGCGCACACUAUCGGAAUAAUUCCGCAAUCAAUUUCAAAACGUUUAUUAGAAAUAUGCUUUAAAUAAUUUAAUUUAAUGGGUCUUCAGUCAAAUUAAUGAUGUGCUUUGAAUUGAUCCAUUAUUUUGUCUAUAAAUCCGUUGUCCAAACAUAUUGUGUAUAAAGAUCAUUAAAAUUCCAUUUAGA